UCGAGGCCGACAGUAUAAACAGUCCUGUUGCUGCAGUAAAUGUCAGGCACAGGCUUUCUUUGACCCAGGAAUGGCCCUACUGCAUGCCUCCUUUAAGGCAGCGUAAACGGUCGUGCAGUAGCCCCUGAUUCUGGGCGUGUGAAACCCCAUCGGCCUCUUCGUACGGCACCCUAGCUGAAGACGAAACAUGCCAGCUAAAGGUCCAUUGCAAUCUGUCCAGGUGUUUGGACGUAAAAAAACUGCUACAGCAGUAGCCCACUGCAAGAGGGGGAAUGGCCUGAUCAAGGUGAAUGGCAGACCCCUGGAGAUGGUGGAACCUGCCACUCUCCAAUACAAGCUUUUGGAGCCAGUGCUGCUGCUGGGGAAGGAGCGUUUUGCUGGAGUUGACAUCAGAGUCAGAGUGAAGGGUGGUGGACACGUCGCACAGGUCUAUGCCAUCCGCCAAGCCAUCUCUAAAGCCCUGGUUGCCUACUACCAGAAGUAUGUGGACGAGGCCUCUAAGAAGGAGAUCAAAGACAUCCUGAUCCAGUACGACAGGACCCUGCUGGUGGCCGACCCGCGUCGCUGCGAGUCCAAGAAGUUCGGUGGACCUGGAGCUCGUGCCCGCUACCAGAAGUCCUACCGUUAAUCUCUGUACAUUUUCAUAAUAAAUUGGAGGGACAAAUACA